UUCUAUCCAUUUGUUGUAGAACAAGAAUGGAGCUAACGGCUGAGAAGCAUUCUAUUCCUCUGAGUGAUGGCAACAGCAUUCCUCUGAUGGGACUCGGCACUUACGGAGAUCCCCGCGCGACCCAUAAAGGAAGUGGAUAUGAAGCCGUCAAAGUGGCCAUCGAAGUAGGAUACAGACACUUUGAUGGGGCUUUGGUCUAUUUUAAUGAACAUGAGGUGGGGCAAGCAAUACGGGAAAAAAUUGCUGAUGGAACUGUGAAGAGGGAGGACAUCUUCUAUUGUGGAAAGUUGUGGAACACUUUCCAUCCCCCGGCACUGGUACGGCCUGCUUUGGAGAAAACUUUGAAGACAUUGCAGCUGGAUUAUGUUGACCUCUACAUAGUAGAACUGCCUUUAGCCUUUAAGCCAGGGGAUGAUUUCUACCCUAGAGAUGCAAAUGGAAAGUGGCUUUAUCAUGAGACGGACCUCUGUGCUACAUGGGAGGCGUUGGAGGCUUGCAAAGAUGCCGGGCUUGUGAAAUCUCUUGGAGUGUCCAACUUCAACAAGAGGCAACUGGAGAUGAUUCUUAAUAAACCUGGGCUGAAACACAGGCCUGUCUCAAACCAGGUUGAAUGCCAUCCCUAUUUCACUCAGCCAAAACUGAUGGAAUAUUGCCAGCAAAAUGACAUUGUGAUUGUAGGAUACAGCCCACUGGGGACAAGUAGAGACGAAUCUUGGGUAAAUCUAAAAUGCCCACCGCUGUUGGAGGAUGAGCUGCUUGUAUCAGUAGCUAAAAGGUACAACAAGACGACAGCCCAGGUGGCGCUGAGGUUCAAUUUGCAGCGAGGAGUGGUGGUCAUCCCAAAGAGCUUCAACCCUGAUCGAAUCAGGCAGAACUUUGAGAUAUUUGACUUCUCCCUUUCUGAGGAUGAAAUGAAGGCAAUUGAAAGACUGAACAAGAAUAUUCGUUUUGUGGAGCUCCGUAUGUGA